AUGAACAGUGUUACUAUUGACAUCAGUAAAAACCCUAAAAGUGGAGUCCAAACAGAUAAUGGAGGAGGAUACUAUUAUGAAAGUAACAGUGGAAGAGUAGACCUAACGGAUGACUGGUACCCUGACCCAGAAGGAACUUACAGGAAGUUUGUUCAUACUCUAAAGGAUGGUAAGAUAGGGAAUAUCAAUAAUGGAGGAACUCCUCAGAAUGGGUUCGGGACAUUAACUACUUAUACUAGCGUCUCAGUAUAUUACUGGUCAAGGGACAAUAGUUUUAGCAACCCUCUACUCAUUCAACUUGGAACAGGAGAUAAUGAAUACUACGCUAGUGCUGAUGGUACUUCUUGGGCAAAGGAUCACGAGGCAAGUACUAGUAAGUUAAGAGAUUCACUUAACAAGCAGAACUGCGGAAAGAAUAAUGCUCAUAUUAUAAAGAUCUCAGAAAAGAGUAGUGGAGGUUAUAAAUGUCCCAUGUGUUCUAAGGAUAUUCAACUUUCAUACCAAAACCAGUCAGGUUACGACCACUACCGACAUACUAUUUCUGAUUCGUUCUCAGUAACUAGUUUCAGGGAUGGUAACGACUGGCAACUUGGACUACCAUCUCUAAGGGAUAUUUCGCAUAUACAAGUCUACUGUGACUCUACUUCACGUGGAAAACUCCUCUUAAUUUACUAUGAUCAUGGUGGGCACAACUGGUUCAAGAGAAACACAAGUACUGAAAAUACCUGGAGCGGAUUUCCCAAUGAUAAAGUGUUAGAACUUUUGAACAGUGACAAUUAUUACCCCAAAAUCACUAUUAAGUUAUCCACUUCAGCUGGGAAAUCAUACUCUGAUAAUGGUAUACUCAUAACUAUGAGAAGUAGUCACAUUGGUGAUGGUUAUCGGAAACAUGAACAUUCUCUAUGCGGCGGUCUCUUUGAGCUAAAUGGUAUUACCCAUAAGAAUGUUCCGCUUACCGAUAUAAAAUCUACCAGCCUUCUACUUAGCAUCUCUGCCUAUUACUAUGGAGAAAAUCUUACAGGUGAGAAGAACCUUCUCCUGGUAGAACUGAGAUCAAGUGGUAGGGGUACCACAUAUAAUUACUAUCAAAGGAUUACAAAAGAUGCUAAGAAUUGGACACAACUGCCUAUAACUGAAAAAGAAACUGAUCAACUUACUGGUAAUAACCUUAGGACUGAACUUGACAGGCUUAAGAAGGAGCACUUUCCUACCACCCAUACUAAUCCACAACAUGUUCCGUCCUCAAAACCUUCACACCCUAAACCUGAAGAGACUGAAAAUAGUACAGAUAUGGAAUCACCCGCAACUCAUUCAUCAAAUGUUGCCAAUCCAUCCUCAUCUGAACCAAAACUUAACAAUUCUACCUCUGCGAAAUCUGCAUCACUAAUUGGUUCAGCGGUUGGAGGAGCUGUAUAUGCACUGGUAGCUGCAGUGGUCAUUGUCCUGCUAGUAAAGUUUUGGCCAAGGAUAAGGACGAAAUUUGUCAAGAUUUAG